GAAUGACAUGUAUUACACCAUCACUUAACCAAAUUCUUGGACACCGAAAAAUUGUUAGAAAAAGCCCAAAUAGUCGAAGCAUAUAAAAAAAGGAAGAAGAAGAAGAAUAUAAUCUGAGAAGAGAAGAAGAAAGAAAAGAAGGUUCCUUCUUCUUUGCUUGUUGCUGAAUUCAAAAAUGAAAGCCUAAGAGAUCCGCAAGAUUCUGUAACAAAAUCUGUUGGAUCUCUCUUUCCAAACUUCCCCAUUUAUAAACCCCAUCUUCUUCCUCUGCCCACUCCACAAAUUCUUCUUCUCUGUUCUUCUUCUUCUUCUUCUUCUUCUUCUUCUGUCCAUUUCCAUGGCGGCUGUUGUUUCUGCAGAAGCUCAGUUUCAUGUGUUGGCUGUGGAUGACAGCCUUAUUGACAGGAAGCUCAUUGAAAGGCUCCUCAAAACCUCUUCCUUCAAUGUUACUGCUGUGGAUUCUGGAAGCAAAGCUUUGGAGCUUCUGGGUUUGGUUAGAGAUAGAAAUGGUGGAGGAAGCAGCAUCCAUUCCUCUGUUUCCCCUCUUCAUCAGGAGAUUGAAGUUAAUAUGAUCAUUACAGAUUACUGCAUGCCAGAAAUGACUGGCUAUGAUCUUCUCAGAAAGAUCAAGGAAUCUGAGUCACUCAAAGACAUUCCUGUUGUGAUCAUGUCCUCUGAGAAUGUUCCAUCAAGAAUCAACAGAUGUUUGGAAGAAGGAGCAGAAGAGUUUCUGCUAAAACCAGUGAAAUUGUCAGAUGUCAACAAGCUUAAACCCUUCAUUUGCAGAGGAAAAGCCAAGGAAAUGGAACAAAGCCAACAAUCAUACGAGAGAACAAGAACAAAAUCAUUUUGAUUUACAGUACCAAAUUUUUUUGUAUCAGACAGUCACUUUGAAUUUGAAUUUGUCAAAAUGUACAAAAUUGAUGAAUUUCAGAUUUUUAGGCUUAGAAAUCUCAUUAUUUUGUAGCAGAUAUUGGCAACUCAUGAUUUGGAUCUCUACCAAACCAACAAAAUAAAGUAAUACAAUUUUUUUUUUUUUAUAUUUUCCAA